AGGCCUGAGUAUAUAUAGACCAUCAGCUCAGUGUUAGAAUAAAGAGAAGGAAGUUGGUAGAUGGGCUUUGCUGAAGGAGUGAGGCUGCUUGUUAAGAGGGAGACAACUUCACUGCUCAUUGUACAUUCCAAGGCUUUGGCUCAGAUUUCUCACUGCGGUUAAGGCAUAUGAUAAGUACUUCUGGCGGUAUUAAACCAGAUAUCACCUGAGUCGGGUAAAUAGAAAAAUAUAUUGUGGACGUGCUGACAAAUGCAUAUUACCUGAGUUGCUUGUACUGUACCCGGAGUCGAAUCCCUUUAUCAAAGAAAGUUAUGCAGUUUAUAAAAAUUCAAGGACUUAACAAAUCAGUGACUAGCAUUAAACUCUAAUGUCACUUUCCAUAAAGCAAAGAUAUUUAGUCAGCUACCUUCCUGGAAAUUGGGAAUUGUGCAACAAGUGAAUAAGAAACUGUUACUAGAAAAUGGUGCAAAGGAAAAGAAAUCUGAAACCUACAGUUCUGAACCCAGACACCGCUGGAGUGACAAGUCCUGUAAAAAAGGCUUGUAUACUAACCCUGGAAGCUUGGCUCAAGAGUCUUUGCUAGGAUAACUGCAGUGGGACUGGAGAGAAAAAGGCAGACUUCAAAGCCAGAGAGGAAGAGAAGAUGCAUUGUGAGAGGUUUCUAUGUAUCCUGAGAAUAAUUGGAACCACACUCUUUGGAGUCUCUCUCCUCCUUGGAAUCACAGCUGCUUAUAUUGUUGGCUACCAGUUUAUCCAAACGGAUAAUUACUAUUUCUCUUUUGGACUGUAUGGUGCCUUUUUGGCAUCACACCUCAUCAUCCAAAGCCUGUUUGCCUUUUUGGAGCACCGAAAAAUGAAAAAAUCCCUAGAAACCCCCAUAAAGUUGAACAAAACAGUUGCCCUUUGCAUCGCUGCCUAUCAAGAAGAUCCAGACUACUUAAGGAAAUGUUUGCAAUCUGUGAAAAGGCUAACCUACCCUGGGAUUAAAGUUGUCAUGGUCAUAGAUGGGAACUCAGAAGAUGACCUUUACAUGAUGGACAUCUUCAGUGAAGUCAUGGGCAGAGACAAAUCAGCCACUUAUAUCUGGAAGAACAACUUCCACGAAAAGGGUCCCGGUGAGACAGAUGAGUCACAUAAAGAAAGCUCGCAACACGUAACGCAAUUGGUCUUGUCCAACAAAAGUAUCUGCAUCAUGCAAAAAUGGGGUGGAAAAAGAGAAGUCAUGUACACAGCCUUCAGAGCACUGGGACGAAGUGUGGAUUAUGUACAGGUUUGUGAUUCAGACACUAUGCUUGACCCAGCCUCAUCUGUGGAGAUGGUAAAAGUUUUAGAAGAAGAUCCCAUGGUUGGAGGUGUUGGGGGAGAUGUCCAGAUUUUAAACAAGUACGAUUCCUGGAUCUCAUUCCUCAGCAGUGUAAGAUAUUGGAUGGCUUUUAAUAUAGAAAGGGCCUGUCAGUCUUAUUUUGGGUGUGUUCAGUGCAUUAGUGGACCUCUGGGAAUGUACAGAAACUCCUUGUUGCAUGAGUUUGUGGAAGAUUGGUACAAUCAAGAAUUUAUGGGCAACCAAUGUAGCUUUGGUGAUGACAGGCAUCUCACGAACCGGGUGCUGAGUCUGGGCUAUGCAACAAAAUACACAGCUCGAUCUAAGUGCCUUACUGAAACACCUAUAGAAUAUCUCAGAUGGCUAAACCAGCAGACCCGUUGGAGCAAGUCCUACUUCCGAGAAUGGCUGUACAAUGCAAUGUGGUUUCACAAACAUCACUUGUGGAUGACCUACGAAGCGAUUAUCACUGGAUUCUUUCCUUUCUUUCUCAUUGCCACAGUAAUCCAGCUCUUCUACCGGGGUAAAAUUUGGAACAUUCUCCUCUUCUUGUUAACUGUCCAGCUAGUAGGUCUCAUAAAAUCAUCUUUUGCCAGCUGCCUUAGAGGAAAUAUCGUCAUGGUCUUCAUGUCUCUCUACUCAGUGUUAUACAUGUCAAGUUUACUUCCCGCCAAGAUGUUUGCAAUUGCAACAAUAAACAAAGCUGGGUGGGGCACAUCAGGAAGGAAAACCAUUGUUGUUAAUUUCAUAGGACUCAUUCCAGUAUCAGUUUGGUUUACAAUCCUCCUGGGUGGUGUGAUUUUCACCAUUUAUAAGGAGUCUAAAAGGCCAUUUUCAGAAUCCAAACAGACAGUUCUAAUUGUUGGAACGUUGCUCUAUGCAUGCUAUUGGGUCAUGCUUUUGACGCUGUAUGUAGUUCUCAUCAAUAAGUGUGGCAGGCGGAAGAAGGGACAACAAUAUGACAUGGUGCUUGAUGUAUGAUCUUCCAUGUUUUGACGUUUGCAGUCACACACAACACCUUAGUUCCUCUAGGGGCUGUACAGUAUUGUGGCAUCAGAUAAUGCCACCAAAGGAGACAUAUCACUGCUGCUGGGACUUGAACAAAGACAUUUAUAUGGGUUUAUUUUCAUUCUGCCAAAGUAAAACAAUACAUCAACAAGAAGAAACUCAGAUUUAACCUGUUAUUUCUAUGAAAAUGGGAUGAAUUCUUUGUUUAUGCACUUUUUCCUUACUGUGCAUCCGCCUGAAAGUGUUUUGCCCUAUAUACCUCACUAGCCAUGCUUUAUGUGGGUUAUCAUGGAAGAAAAGGAUUUUGGAAACUCAAGGAAAAGUUCUUUCAACCUAUACAACCUAACUUAUGGACUGUUUUGAUAGAUGAUAAUUUUUUUUUUAGGAAGGAUUUUCUUUUUAACUUUACCAAAUGAAAUGCCAAAGGAAGUUUUAAAGGCCGUUGGCUGUGCUGUAUUUUGAUAUAAUUGUACUGUGUUUUUAAAUUUUGUAUGCCAAUCUUAAAGACAAAUUUUGCAUAUUCUCUAUUUUACUUCUCUGCCAAAAUAAGCCUGUUCUUCCUUUUUUAAAAUAAAAUAAGUUCUUAAAAAAUUUAUACUUAAAAAAUCCUGCCCAAAAUGUGAAGCUUGGUUGACUGAUGUUCAUGAUAGAAAGAAUAAAAUGUUUCUCUCUCUCUA